AUGAUGGAAGAUCCCCACGAAGAUCUUUCAAUGGAGGAUGUGGAAAGUACUAGCCCAUUACAUGAAGUACCUGAAGUUUUGCAGUCUCCGCCAUUUUCGACUACCAACACUGCGACUUAUCCUCCGACAGACGUCAGUGGUCAUAGCUUGAAUGGCUCGGGACCUUCGACACCAACUCACGAGAGCAUCUCAAGCGCACCCAAAGUUGCAGAUAUUGAGGACGCAGCAAACGAGAUCUUUCAACCAUACGAUGUUGAAGAACCCGACGAUGAACCAGGACCCAUCCCUACAAGGACAGAGCUACCUUGUCUGCCGGAUUCAUUCGAGCGGUGGCAGCGCGACUUGACAGAGUGGAUGGACGGCAUAGGCAGCUCUCCCAACAUCAAACCCACAGUGAAGAUGCCUCCAAGCCAGAGAAGAGGCCAAAAGCGCAAAUCACCCAAUGUCGGCGGAUCCGGGCAUGUCCAGAGCUCGCCGUCUCGGACCAAGGCCAAGUCCGUGCUCGAUGAGCCACGAAUGCCUGUACCGGAACCUAGUCCGAUACGACGACGGAAAAGAAAUAAGCUAUCGGAUGAUGCUGCCAAAAGUACCCGCGCGGCCUCUCUAUACGAUUUCCGCGAGACCGACUCCACCGAUAGUUCGAGCUCCGAUGUACAUUCAACCGAUGAUUACAGCACCGACGUACCCAACGAACCUACCUUGACCGACGAGAUGGACAUUGAUUGA